GUCGCCUUGAAUAGCUCUUCCCCCUUUCUCAACUUUCUGUCCCCUUCCUCUUCCAAAUUCCCUCUUCAAUGGCCUCCUUCAACGACGAAACCGCCAACAAGUUGAUUACCCAGGUGGAGUUUUACUUCAGUGACAGUAAUCUACCCAGAGACGAUUUCCUCAGAAAGGAAGUCACCAAGAGCAAAGAUGGCCUGGUUAGUCUGCCUCUGGUUUGUUCCUUCUCUCGUAUGAGGAAUCUCCUUGGGCUCGGUAACAUCAGACGCGAAGACAUCCCUAAGAGAAUAGUUGAGGGAGUAGCUAAUCUCUUGCGGACUUCUGAUUUUCUUAAAGUCUCCGCCAAUGGUCUAAGGAUCGGGAGAGGAACAAAACUCUCCAAGCCGGAGGAGGUGCUUGAACAAGUCCACAGAAGAACCGUUGCGGCAUCUCCUUUUGAGUACAGCAUAAAGAUGGAGGAUGUGGCAUCUUUCUUCUCCCAAUAUGCCAAGGUGAACAGUGUGAGGCUACCUCACCACAUCGGAGAUAAGCGACACUUUUCUGGCACUGCUUUGAUUGAAUUCUCGUCUGAACAAGACGCUGAAGCUAUUUUGAGGCAGACCUUGGUCUAUGCCGGCGCUGAUUUAGUAUUAAUACCAAAGAUUGAUUUUGACCGUCGAAGAGAGACUGCGAUCAAGACACUCGGAAAAUCAGGGUCAAGUCUUACUGAUUCCUCCCACAACGAAUUCCGCAGAGGUCACGUUGUCCAAUUUACACUGAAAAGAAUAGCCAACGGAGUAAUAAAUAAAGAGAAACCCAAGAGUCUGGAAAAUGAAAUCAGAGGGAAGGAAGAUAUGGCAGGCAAUGCUGAGAAACUGCAAGGAAAGGAUAAAAAGAAGGAAAGCAGAGAUUUGGUGGCGGAUAAUUCAUGUGCUAGCUUGUGCACAGAGAGCGGAGAGAAGGUAGACAAGGCUGAUCAACUUGUCGUUCCCCCGUCGGUUAACAGCGAUUCUGUUGGCCCUGAGGUUCUCAAGGAUGUUUUUCAAAGAUUUGGCAGCGUUAAGCACAUAGAAUGCUCUGGUGGAUUGGAUUCGGGUUACGUAUGUUUCAUAGAUUCAGAAACAGCUAUGAAAGCUCGUGCGGCGGCACAGUUUGUUGGAGGUUUAGUUGUGAAGAAUAAAUUCUCAGUUGCCCUGGAAGCAGUGAAUGGUGAGAUGGAGAGGGAGGUGUGGAAAAGACUAUCAUCAGCUGAGCGGGAAGGAGGAGGGAAAGAAGAAGAUGACAAGAAGGAGAAAACCAAAGCCAAGAAGGCUGGAAAGGAGCCCUAAUUACAUAGGACAUAGGACAUAAAAUCUGCUAAGGUUUGCUCUUUGCUGGAUGCACCACAUAGGACAUAAUCUAUAUUUUUUUUUUAGGUUCAGAUGAUUCUCUCUACAAAACAUUUUUUUUAGCUUCACUUGAAAACCAACAUUAAUGUCGUCU